AUGGCCGACCGCGAGCAGCCCUACGACCCUUACAUUCCCUCCCAGUCGAAGCCCGGCCAGGAUGGGCCGACCUCAGGCAACCAGCGGACAGCAGCGCUGCAGGCCCAAAUCGAUGAUACCGUCGAUGUGAUGCGGGAGAACAUCAACAAGGUCUCGCAGCGAGGCGAGCACCUGGACUCCCUGCAGGACAAGACAGACAACCUCGCCGUCUCUGCUCAGGGUUUCCGUCGGGGAGCCAACCGCGUCCGGAAGCAGAUGUGGUGGAAGGACGUCAAGAUGCGCAUAUGGCUCAUCAUCGGCAUCAUCGUCCUGCUCAUCAUCAUCAUAGUCCCAGCCGGUGCGUCUUCCAUCUUACCACCUUCAUUCUUGACAACCGCAUGCUAA